AGCAGAGAGAUGACAAAAAUAGGAAAAGCACAUUUUUGUGUGUUUCUGUUUUUAAACAGAUGAAGAAGAUGAGGAGGAAGAACAAGGAGAGGAUGAAAGAAAAGGGAAAGAGAAUCAAAACACUGUGCAGGUGAAGGGAAGGAAGGACGAGAACAAACAAACAGGAAACCAGGCGUUCGUUGUUUACCAACAACUGAGACAGGAACUGAGUCAUUUCUGGGUGUAAAGAGCCGGARGUGACCGUACAGCUGCAGGAGCAACUGACAGGUUGUUUGGAUCCUGACUGGGUUUCAGGUCGGAGGCUGUAGUCGGUCGGUCUGUGGGCUUUGAGUUUCCUUCAUCCACCCCUCGGCUCAUUCAGAGCGGUCGAGGGUCACUGACUCUCCUCUGUGAGGCCAUGAAAUGAGUCAGUGGUCCAGAAAAAUGGAGCUCGGGGGUAAUUUAUCCACCUGAUGGAGAGAGAGACUCAUUAGAUUUCUGACCUCAGAGCGAGGCCGCAGCAUUUAACGUUCACCUCAACCUCUGCACGGCUGAAAUAUCAGUUCAGAGUCCGACUCCCAUCCUGAGCAUGAAGCUGUCGACCAAGAGGCAACAGCUGUACGUGUCCGGCGAGCUCAGCGUGGCCCAGCUGGGGCUCCAGAGGUGCGAGCUGUACGGGACGGACUGUGCUAAGUGUUGUCUGGCCAGAGACCCCUACUGCUCCUGGGAUGGACAGACCUGCUCCAGGUUCUUCCCCACCAGCAAGAGGCGGGCACGGAGACAGGAUGUGAAGUAUGGAGACCCCUGGAGUCAGUGCCCAGUCACAGAGGACGGUGAGUUUGAUAUGAAGUCUCUUUAUAUCAGAGGAUCUGAGAGGAGGAUUUCCUCCAUCGAUCAUGUGUUUAAAGUGACGCAGCGAUGGAACGCAGAACCACGGUGGUCUUCGCUGUUCGUCCACAUAAGAGAUCGGCAUAAAUCCACAGCUGUGUUUGAUUCUCACGUCUGGAUCCAUCCAGAAGCUCCAGCUCCUCCUGUGUUCAGUCUGAGCAGGGUCUUCAGUUUGUCCUGUGUUUAUACUGGAAAUGUACUUGAAGGUAAAUUAMAAUGUCUCUCAUUAGAGCUCGCACCUUCGCCAAAGCCUCAUG